CAAUCAGAGACACAUGAUUUUGCUGAAUUGUGGAAGCUGCAGUCAAAUGGUUUUGUAUGCACAGCAGAUUACUGAAGUCAGGGAACUAUGGAUGAAUUCAGUAAAGAAAUGCAAAUGUAAGCUGAGUGGAACUCUGAAGACAAUCAUUAGCAGGUAUCACAGGCGGCAAUGCAGGAGUCUGUGGGAACAGGAGUGUGUAUUCUACUACACUCUGGAGCCAGAUACAACAGUACAGCUUACUGCAAGGAAGAGCUUGGAAAACAGGAUACUGGAGAAUUAUGUGUUCAAAGUGCUCAGUGCAAGAGCAGCUGUUGCCACAGGGACAGUGGUGUGAGCCUUGCACGAUGUGCCCCCAAAGCACCUGACAACCAAAAAUGUUCACCUUUGCAUCUUUAUGGAGUCUACUAUUACUGCCCAUGUGAAAUUGGUUUGACUUGUGAAGUGGACAGAUCUAUUGUCGGGACCAUCACAAACACAGAUUUUGGAUACUGCAAGGACCGAAAUAAUUGAGCAAGAUAAACUUCAGAACAUCCUGUUACAGCUGUGGAAAUAUAGCACAUGUUUGUAUUUAUAAAUAUGCUUUAAAAAUAUGACCAAUAAACUUUAAAGCAUAGCUCUGUCAAUGCAACAUAAAUAAUAUUUCUUCCCAUUUUCAGAAGAUUGUCUCCUCUUGUUCUUACAGCUCUUGCAAUUCCCUUUUACUGCUACAUACUGUAUUUUGGAACCGCCCAAAUCUAAUUGUGUAAUGUUAGCAGUCCUAUAUUGUUAAAUACAUUUAAUAGACUUUAGGUGUUUUUAUUAAGAACUUCACUUAGGUUGAUUCACCUGAUUCAGAGAUGGACGCAAUGUCGAUGUUGUACGCAGUGGAGCAAUUUUUUUUUGCUACUGCAUGUGCAUCUGAGUUGCGCUGUGCUUGUGCCGAGAUGGUCUUGCAACAGCGGCCGCAGUGAGGAUUUAUUUUCAAAGUGAUUGGCAGGCGGGGAUCAUUUGUGGAAGGUAU